AGCCGCGGUAACGCUCGUAUACACGGUAGAUAUUUUCGCGCGAACUUUCCGCUGCAUUGCAUGUACCGUGCGUGUGUGAGCGUGUGAACACGUGCCGCUGUGUGGCGUGUUGUCGUUCCCGUGUUUCAAAAACCGCCAAGAUUCGGGUUAAGAAUCGUGAGCCGGUGCCGGCGUACGCCAUGGCCGACGCCGACCGUGAUUCAGACCUUGGAGACGAUAGUCCCGUGAUUUGGAAUUGCGGAAUAACUUUGAAAAAAGAAUCUGCGCGGUCUGAAGGUGAUUCCUCCGGAGACCAGUCUUGUGAUAGUUCAGACGAGGGUGUGGGGCGAGACGUUCCAGCAAACCACCAGCCUCAACACCAACCAAUGCAUCAACCCCACCAACCACACCACAACAUGAGCCACCACGGGUCUCUGGGCCACCAGAUAAAUAAUCACCAAAUUAACCAUACUCAUCAGAGGAACUCGCCACGGCCGCUCGAAAGGGAGUUGAAAGUACGUGAUGACUUCGAAUCUCUCAAGACUUCGUUACACCCUCAUCUGUCUUCUCUGGCAUCACUGGCACAAGGAGCGCCAUUGUCCACUCCAAGCAGCGUGUUCGCUCUCGCUGGUGGCGGUGGAAAUUUCCCCUAUGCUCCUCCAGCGUUCCUCGCUCCCGCCCCUCCACCGCCCGCCCAACCAGCAGGAUCCGCCUCGUCCUCGUCAUCAGAGGGAAGCGCCGCUGGAUGGAGCUUUGAAGAACAAUAUAAGCAGGUCCGUCAGUUGUACGAGAUAAGCGAUGAGCCGCAGAGGAAAGAAUUCCUUGAUGAUUUGUUUUCCUUCAUGCAAAAGCGAGGUACUCCAAUCAACCGACUUCCUAUAAUGGCGAAGUCUGUUCUUGAUCUCUACGAGCUUUACAACCUGGUGAUAGCCCGUGGCGGUCUCGUAGAGGUCAUCAACAAAAAGCUCUGGCAAGAAAUCAUCAAGGGUCUGCGACUGCCUUCCUCUAUCACCUCGGCAGCCUUCACCUUACGCACACAAUACAUGAAGUAUCUGUACGACUACGAGUGCGAAAAGAAGAACCUGUCAACUAGAAGCGAGCUGGACGCCGCUAUAGAGGGCAACAAGCGCGAAGGACGGCGUGCCUCUGGACAAUACGACGCGCAGGCCGCUUUAGCCAUGCCACAGCUCAACAGAGUUCCCGCGUCUCUUGCACAGUUAACCCAGCACAUGCAGCCUCUCUCCCUCUCUCUCGGUGGAGGAGUCGCUGGGGUACCACGCCUGCCUCCCUUACCACCACACGCGCCCCACAUCUCUCAACAUGAUAUAGAGUUCCGCGUUCGCGAGUAUAUGAAGAUGAUACAGCAACAGCGUGACUUAAUUAGAAAUGGCUCAGAAUCUCCACCGAAUGCUCCGAUGGUAUCACCUCGCGACGCGGCUCUCUCCGCCAUCGACGUAUCGCGACUCACUCUCUGGUCAUUAUAUAACAACAAUAACAACAGCCCACAGCCUGAUCUCGAACCGCAGCGUUGUGAAACUUUUGAAAAAACACUCUUCAACAAUCAAGUGCUUGGCAAUGAUUUUUUGCUGGGACAGAUAUUAAAACAACGCUGUCGACCCACCACAGACAGAUGCGAGGCUCUUAACCUGAGCGAGAGUCCCAACUCCAGUCUCACCGGCAUCAAGCGCGAGGCGUGCCGCUCGCCUCCCCCCGCCGCCAAGCGCCGCACCCCGCGCCCGCCCUCCCCCGCGCCCCCCGCGUCCACCUCCCCGCAGCUCACUCCGCCGCGCUCGCACGCGCAUCACAAUGGAAACUCCAAUGGGGUGCACGGAGCCGCUUUUAAGAUCACCACGCGAGGUGAUUCGACCACAGGCGAUCAACAGCUGGUAGUGUCAAUCGAACUCAACGGCGUGACAUACGAAGGCGUCCUAUUCCCAUCACAGAACGGCAACGGUCAAAACGGACAUCGGCAAAUGGUCUCUUAACUUCGCAUAUAACAUAAUGUAUUUUUUAGGUUCGCGUCAAACGUUUCCAACUCUCAAAACAAAGUAAGCUCUUAGAGAACCAGUGCAAAAUAUUUCUCAUAUCUCUGUUUAUUAAUAAAGAAAAGAGGGUAGAUUUCAAAUAUUAAUGGGCGUAGGUUUCCAGCUGUCAGCUGUCACCUGUCAUCUGUCAUCUGUCACCAUUUUGACAAUCGGCGAUAGUCUCUCGUGUUUUUUUACUAUAUCGAACAAAGUCUCAGUGUUUAGUUCCUACGUGCUGUUUGCUAUUCUAACUGACGUUCAAAAUAGUGUGACCAUCUUUUGUUUUUUGAUGUAGUAAAAAAGCACUUAAGUAGAGGAGAUACUUCGCUUGUUUCUUAAUUUUGGUGCGUUCAGUUUAUGCUUUUUUGAAAUGUAAUUCUGGGACUUAACGCUCGCUGAUUAUGGAUAUGAACUCAACGAUUUUUUAUAAUUUUGCGUACGGAUCAUCCGACAAAGUUAAAUUCUGAGAUAUGUUUUCUUUUAUAAUUGUUACGCCAUUGUCACUGCCCGAGAGAGGACGAUAUGAACACAAUAUCGAGGCGAGUUCUUUAGUGGAUGUUUUGUAUAUUUUUAAUAAAUUUUAAAGGUCAAAAGUAUGACAAUUUUUUUUUGUAAAUAUAGUUUCUUAUAACAUUUAUGUUACUUAUUUAUGUUACUGAUAGGCGUGGCGCAUGCGUGAAGGGCGGCGUGUUUGUUUUUUUAUAUGAUUUUUCGAUGUAAAUUUUUGUAAAUAGUUCGUGUAAAUGGUAGUAUCAUUAUUUACACUGCAUUGUAUGUUUGUGAUUAUUACGUACCUAUUUUAUUAGAAGGUGUAUAUUUUAAUCAUCUAUGACGUUGUCAGUAUUGUAUUGUAGUUUAGUUAUUUAUAGUUCACGUCAGCCGUAUUCAUUUGAAAUAUUCAUAAUUCGCUUCUAAAUAAAAAGCUAAGUCUUUUUUUUAUUGCAGACAGAUUUGAACUUUAUGGCGUUUGAUAUAAGAGCGAUUGUCUAAAAUUAUAGCGUUUCCCAAGUGAGUACUUGGAUAAUUAAAACGGCGAUUGUAAAUGUUUAAAAUGUCCGAUUUUAACAUGUAACUCGAAUAAUACGAAAUGCGUGUCAUUUUUUUAAAUUACGUGGGAAGCUUCUAAGGAAAUCUUAGUUCAUGCCUAACUAUCCUGAAACUGUGGCUUUCUACUUAGUUUAAACUUAGUGAUCGACGUCAAUUCUGAUAUUUUAUUAUAUAAGGAGUUUGUAAGAUAAUUAGAAGGCACACUACUUAAAAUAAACAUUGUGGUGUGGCGUUAAUCUUUGAAGUUUCAAUUUUAUGCCAUUUCCCUAGAAUAGGUUUAGUCUAGUUGUUGUUUAAAGUAAUAUUAAGAAAUAGCCGUCGAAUCGAAUCAGACAGCGGCAGCGACAUCACAAACUUUUUUAUUUUUUAUAAUUAAGAAAAAGUAUUUAUCUCUUCAGUGUUAAGAAAUAUUACGGCCAUUCAACAUGGCGCGUGUGUUUUAUAAGUGCAAUAAGCGAUAUCCAAACAAAAAAAAAAAAAUGAAUAAAAUCUCCAAUAUAAUCGAAUCGGAUUUAAACAUAAAAUUAGAAUUAGCAUUUUAAUAUAAAAUUAUGCGAUGUUUUGUAAAUGACUGAUUUUAAUAAUUUACGAUUAAUUUAAUGGUUUUAAAUACUACCGGUUAUUGUAAAAUUCUUUUAAGUAGAUAUAGUGUAGUACAUUCCUGACGAUGUACAAUAAUUUUUAAGAAAAUUAUAAACUGGCCUACUACCUGUUGCUGAUAGUUUUGCGGCCAGACGCAUUAACGACUUUCGUCUUACACCAAAAAUUUUUUGAUGUAUUCAAAUAAUAUACAUGAAUAAAUAAUAUUAUAAUGACAUAUCAAA